UUUCAAUCUAUAAAGUGGCAACAUUAAACUUUCGCUUCAAGUUCUGAUUUCGAUAGUAAACAUGGUGUUGUUGGAGAACGAAGCAUUCUUAAGUGAACUAACUAGGUUAUUCCAAAAAUCAAGAAAUGCAGGAUCAUUAUACAUUACAAUGAAAAGAUAUGAUGGUAGGACUAAACCUAAGCCACGGCAAUCAAGAUUAGCUACCAAUCCACUGCCACCAGUUUCUGAAUACAAAUGUUUAAUACGAGCUCAGCUAGGAAAUAAGAAGCUUAGUACGGAUAGUUAAUGCAAAAGAUGUUAACAAAUUCCAAUUAGCAUAUGCAAAUUUGAUAAAGGAAAAUGGAGGAUUAAAAGAAAAG